AUGGCUGGGCCAUCAGUAGAGUCUGGGUCAGAGACAUAUAGGGAGAUGCAGAAGAAGUAUAAAGUGUUAGAGGCAAGUGUUGAUCGGGUUCUAGCUUUGGCACAUACACCGGAGGUGGGCUCGAGCAAUCAGACAUCACCAUCAGGGUCUGUGGGUAUAGCCGUGGCUUCAGCUUCAGAGGGGGUGGACAUCCGGGUUGGUGUCCCGUUGGCGAAGCGGAAUACGCUUACAGAAGUAAAGUUGACUGAGCUUCAGACAGAUUAUAGUGUGCCACCCUAUGUGGGCCUGAGGUUACCCAGUGUUGCGGAUGUAGUGAGAUAUCCUCUGGAGGGUACAGAUGAUGUUGCCAAGUUGGGGUAUGCGCCGGGGCAAUACAAUCCCAACUUUUGGCUGCUUCUGCAUGGAGUUUAUAUUGCUUUGUGGUUGGUUGGGUUGGGGGAGCCAACAUUUGAGCAGUUUAUGUACCUAUAUUCGAUCUCCAAGCAACAUGGAACCUUUGGCUGGGUACAAGCCAAUUGCCGAAAGGCAAAGGAGAGAGGUUAUUUUAUUGGGCAUAAGCCGAGUACGCAGAAGUCUUGGCGGAACAGAUGGUGCUUAGCCUAUGGUGAUUGGGAGUGUCCUCCAGGGAAAAUCGUCUCCAGACAUAUUCCAACCCAUUUCCAGUCUAUAGGUUCGGUGAAGUGGGGACUGAUCUCCAAGGAGCGAGAAGACGAGGUUGAGAGAGUGAGGUCACUGUUGUCGGAGACCCAGCGUGAGCGCAAAAACCUAGUCACCCAGAAGAACCUGUACGAGUCCGGACUCUUGCAAGGGAUGGCAGGUAUCAUAAGGGGAAGCACGAAGGUGGCUGGGAAGCGUCCCAGAGAUGAUGAAGGCCUGGUUGCCGAUGUGCUGGGAAAGAAGAGAGCGCUGGAGGAAGCUCACCUGAGCGUGAUGGGGACAGGGCCGAGGCUUCCUCCCUUUUACCCGCAGGCGCCGCUGAAGCUCCCCUUUGGUAUGAAUGAUGUUUACGCCGAGGGGGUGGAGAAGGUGGACUUCUCUGGGCUACGUCGGCAGAGGAAGGAGGUGAACCUGGCCAUGCAUCAGCAGAAGGUUCCUUUGGUGAACGUCUUCUUGGAAGGCGUGAAGAGUGACCCAGAGGUUCUGGCGAGGACCCCGGCUACCUCCUAUGCAGAUCGAGCCCAGAAGACUUUCCUUACCCAGGCCUAUGCUUAUGAUGAGAUGUACGUGAAUAUGGCCAAGGCAGAUAAGGAGAUUCAGAGGCUAAAGAGACGUAAUGAGAUGGCCAAGGAUAAGGUAGCGGAGGCACAAGAGGCCAUCCAAGAGAAGAACACCCUGGUGCUACAGAAAGCGGCGAUGGCCGAGGAGAUGGAAGAGCUUAAGCGGUCGAGGGCCGAGGAGGUAGCUGCUGCCCGAGCUGAAGCGAUCGAGUCAUUUCGGGGCUCGGAGGAGCUGAUGAGCUACAUCAUGGAUCAGAUGGUGGCGAUGCAGCUGCAUUGGGAGGAGAGGGUGGCGAUGUUCAACCCUUCGGUGGAGAUUAACUUUGACACAAGUGGCGAGCCUCUUUCAUCUAGUCCCACUACUGAUGCCGUUCUAGAGCCAAAGCCAGAGCCAGCCACCACGGACACUCCAUCUAUCGAGUCUUGA